AUGAAUGGAACAAUAGAACAUAGCGACGGACUGACAGCCCAUGAGAGGCAGCUUUUCCAUGAUGUCGACGCUCAUGAGCAAGACUAUGACAACAUAAUCCGUCACUUCGGCAACAUCAUCGCCCCCAUCGGAAUCCUGCUGAAUUCUAUUUUUCUCUUCGUAGUAAUUCGAGUGAAGUCCAUGCGCACGAUCAUCAACGUCUAUCUGUCGAAUUUAGCAGUGGCUGACGCUACCUAUAUGAUCAUAAACAUGUCAGGAGCAUGGGCAACCGAACAUACACACAUAGCUUCAGGUGCUUACCUAGCUGUACGCAUAGCUUCUGUAACAAUGCAGAAUGCUUCGUACUUCUUCGUGACUGUCAUAGCCGUUGAAAGGUUCUCCGCCGUACGUCAACCGCUAACCCAGAGAGCGCGAGCGAGCAAGUCACGAGCAGCCAAGGUAUCAGCAGGCGUCUGGGUUGUGGCAGUGGUCCCGGGCGUGUUGGGUGGACUCGAUAACAAUUAUGUCAAGAAUGUGGUUUUCUCUCAAGUAUAUGUUGUCAGCCUUCUCCUGAUUUACCUUGGAACGUUUACCAUAACUGUUUUCUCUUAUAUUUACAUCGUUAUUAAGUUAUGCCACAGUGACAGAGAGCGUCAAGAAGGCCAAAGCCGUCGAGUUUACCCCGUCGUUCGCAUGCUAGUUAUCAACACUGCUGUCUUCUUCGUUCUCAAUUCAAUGGACAUCGCUUACAAUGUCAUGGUCAUUAUACUCGAGUUCUCCAUGCAUUCAGAAGCAGAAGCUUUCAUCGAUAUCUACUGGACCUAUCUCGACGUGAAGGUCUGCUUAGGAAUGGUUCGCGUCAUCAACAGCUCCAUCAAUACUCUGGUGUACAGCGUGACGAACAGACAGUAUCGAGCGGCUUUCUUGGAGGCUUCCCCCCCGCUGGCAAAGCUCCUUCGACAGUGCCGCCGCUGCCGCCGACCGCAGCAGACGGAGCAGAUAGAACUUCGAGCGAUUCCACCAGCGAAGGCCGCUCAAGAAUCACCGGCCCAAGCGCACUGA